AUGUCCAAGGAGAAUGAUACGAUCAAGGGCGAUUCUCACGUUGCACCGCCGAAGGUAAAGCCAGAUGAAAAAGUUGCUGUGAAUGCUGCCGAAAAAGUGGGAGAAGAAGCCGAGGGCAAAAUCAAGUUCCUCUGUUGGAAACUUCACAAAAAAACCAGAUUCAGGAAACAACUGUUACCUAUGGAACCGUUAUGCUGCUUGUCUUCUGCUAUAAUAAGAGAGGGAGCCGGAUCCGCCGCGUUUUUGGAGUUCUGCGGCGCUCUCAUCACUACUGCGGUAAUUUACUUGCACGUGUGGAAGAAACACUUCGAAUUGUGGGCUCCACUACCAAGACAUUCCAUCAAAGAGUUCUUUUUACAUCCAGCGUUCUAUCACAUCAUUUGCGUACACAAUGCUAUUCUGGCAUUGAGUAUAUUGUUCCUGGCACUAGCUUUGUGUACAUUCAGCAAGAGUCUGAUGACCAUCAAGUACUACUACUGCCAUGUUUCCUUGAUUCUGCAUCUCCUCGCAUUGCUAUUCUCGUUAUAUGUGCUAUGCACACCUGGAACUAUCAAAUGGACUUACACCGCCGCUGCGCUCGUCUUUUGUUUUUCUGCCCAGAUAGUGCUGGAGUUGUGGGCUAUUGCAGUCAUUGGUGCUUGCAAGGAUUUCUUCAAAAUGGUUGAUACUUUUUCUUCUAUGGCGGGUGUUUGA